GAGAGCCCCGGGGAGGCCUCGGUAGCCCCGGAGCGGCCUCGGGGAGAACCGGAGCGGGCCCGGAGCCCCGAACCGACCCCCGGAGCCAGGGCUGAGCCCUGAACCGGCCCCGGAGCGUCGUCCCCGUUCCCGGAGCUUCGCCGCCGCCGCCUCUCCGAGCCCCGGUCGCUGCCGGUUCCCCGCUCCCGUUGCCCCAUCCCGGUUCCCUCCCUGAGUCCCGAACCGGGCGCUCUUCCCCGUCCCAGCUCCGUCCGGGUCUCCGUUAGCCCCUUCCCCCAUCCCGGUUCCCGUUCUCCCAUCCCGGUCCCCGUUCCCCAUCCCGGUUCCCGUUCCCGGUCGUUCCCCCAUCCCGGUUUCCAUUCCCCAUCCCGGUCCACGUCUCCCAUCCCCUGACCCCAAAACCCCCAAAACUGACCCCAAACUCCUGACUGUAGGAUCUGAUGUCGAUAAUCCAUGCUUUAAAAACUGUAUAAAAUUUAUAAAGAUCCAACCAUGCCUCUGACCCGGGGAUUUUCAUUUCCAAAACAUUUCCCGGACUCGCCCAGAUAAAAUCACGGCCAUUAACGAGUGAAUGAAUCUUUCCUGGGUGAUCAUCGACCAUCUCCCAGGAGUGUCCAGAACAUUCACCGAACAACACCUGGGAGACAUUAUAUCCGAAAUUUUCUUUUAGAAAUUUGGCUGCCGAUUCGAUCAUUUAUAACACUUCUAAAACAACACAAUUUCCCAGGAAAAAAUGGUAGGACUCAGUGGAAAACAGCAGAAUUCCCAGGAAAACGGAGGGAUUUGGAGGAUGAAAGUGAGAUUUGACUGUAGAAGAGCGGCGUUCCUGAGGAUCCAGGAGGAACCCAGCAGAAUUCCCAGGAAUUUCCAGGAAAAUUGUGACUUUUUUUCUGAGGGAAACCAGCGGAAUUCCAAGGAAAACCGGGACUCGCCCUCACAGGCGCUGAUUAACUCCGACAGCGCUAAUUAACGACUAAUUCGUGCCUAAUUAACCCCUCUAGGGACUCCUUUGUGCCAGCACGGAUAUAUUUAUUGCAAUUAACAAAUUUGGGCCGUUUUUAACCCGAUUCGCUCCGUUUGGUUGUGCCUGAGCGCGAGGCCAUUAAAAAUCAGCGACUGUGCCGCGUGCUGUGCUGCGGGGCUCGGGGGGAAAAAGCGAGGGAAGGUUUGUGUGGGGGUGAAGCGGGAGAAGGGCAGCGAGGCAUCCGCGCUCCUCCGGGCAGCACCGCCACGCGAGGCCGAGGCUUCACUAGGCCGCGCGUUGCUAAGCAACGCCGCGCGCGCUGACGCGACCUCCUUUAGUGGUCGCUUAGCAACGCGGCGCGCUGCUGACGUCACUUCCUCCUUCUUCCCCCGGCACCGCCAUCAUGGCGGCGGUGUCGGUGUUCCCGACCCCAGGCGAGCUCGGCGCGGCCCUGGCGCGGUCGGUGGCGGAGGCGGCGGCCGAGGCGGUGGCGAGCGGCGGUCGCUUCACGCUGGGGCUGUCCGGGGGCUCGCUGGUGCCGCUGCUGGCGCGGGAGCUGCCGCCCGCCCUCAGCGCCGUUCCCGGCUCGGACCCGUCCCGCUGGCUCGUGGCGUUCUGCGAUGAGCGCCUGGUGCCGCCCGAGCACCCCGAGAGCACCGGCGGCGCCUACCGGUCCCAGUUGCUCUCCCAGUUUGCCCCCCCCGGCCCUGAGGUGCUCUGGGUCCGCUCCGGGCUGGGCCCGGCCGAGGCCGCCAGGGACUACGAGGAGCAGCUGAGGAAGGCGUUCCCCGGCCAGGCCACGCCCCAGUUUGACCUGCUGCUGCUGGGGGUGGGGCCGGACGGCCACACCUGCUCGCUGUUCCCGGGCCACGCCCUGCUGCAGGAGCAGCAUUCCCUGGUUUCAUUCCUGGAGGACUCUCCCAAGCCGCCUCCCCGGCGGGUGACGAUGACGCUGCCGCUGCUCAACGCCGCCCGCUCCGUCCUGGUCAUCGCCAUCGGCGCCUCCAAGGCCCCCGUGCUCAAGCGGAUCCUGGAGCGGCGGGAGGAGGAGGAGGAGGAGGAGGAGGAGGAGGAGGAGGAGCCUCAGGGCGCGCUGCCGGCCGCGCUGCUCCGGCCGCGCUCGGGGCGGCUCCGCUUCCUCCUGGACCGGGAGGCGGCGGCGGAGCUGAGGCUGCCCCGGGAAAAGGGGCCCUGAAAUGGGGGAAAUUCCCGGAAUUCCGGGCAAAAAUAACCCGGCAACGGGGGGGAAUUCUGGAAAAAAUGGGCUUAACGUGGAGAAAUUGGGCUGGGAAUGGAAAAAAUCCAGGGAGAAAUGGGGGAAAAUGGGCUUAAAAUGGAGAAAUUCCCAGGGAAAAUGUCUUUAAAAUGGAGAAAUUCCAGGGAAAAUGUUCCUAAAAUGGAGGAAUUCCAGGGAAAAUGUCCUUAAAAUUGAGGAAUUCCCAGGGAAAAUGUCCUUAAAAUAGAGAAAUUCCAAAGAAAAAUGUCCUUAAAAUGGAGAAAUUCCCAGGGAAAAUGGGCUGGGAAUGGAAAAAAUCCAGGGGAAAAUGGGAAAAAUGGGCUUAAAAUGGAGAAAUUCCCAAGGAAAAUGGGCUGGGAAUGGAAAAAAUCCAGGGGAAAAUGGGAAAAAUGGGCUUAAAAUGGAGAAAUGGGGCUGGGAAUGGAAAAAAUCCAGGGGAAAAUGGGAAAAAUGGGCUUAAAAUGGAGAAAUGGGGCUGGGAAUGGAAAAAAUCCAGGGGAAAAUGGGAAAAUUUGGCUUAAAAUGGAGAAAUUCCAGGGAAAAUGGGCUGGGAAUGGAAAAAAUCCAGGGAGAAAUGGGAAAAUUUGGCUUAAAAUGGAGAAAUUGGGCUGGGAAUGGAAAAAAUCCAGGGAGAAAUGGGGGAAAAUGGGCUUAAAAUGGAGAAAUUCCCAGGGAAAAUGGGCUAGGAAUGGAAAAAAUCCAGGAAAAAAUGGGAAAAUUUGGCUUAAAAUGGAGAAAUUCCAUGGAAAAUGGGCUGGGAAUGGAAAAAAUCCAGGGGAAAAUGGGCUUAAAAUGGAGAAAUUCCCAGGGAAAAUGGGCUGGGAAUGGAAAAAAUCCAGGGAAAAAUGGGAAAAAUGGGCUUGAAAUGGAGAAAUUGGGCUGGGAAUGGAAAAAAUCCAGGGGAAAAUGGGAAAAAUGGGCUUAAAAUGGAGAAAUUCCCAGGGAAAAUGGGCUAGGAAUGAAAAAAAUCCAGGGAAAAAUGGGCUUAAAAUGGAGAAAUUCCAGGGAAAAUGGGCUGGGAAUGGAAAAAAUCCAGGGGAAAAUGGGAAAAAUGGGCUUAAAAUGGAGAAAUUCCAGGGAAAAUGGGCUGGGAAUGGAAAAAAUCCAGGGGAAAAUGGGAAAAUUUGGCUUAAAAUGGAGAAAUUGGGCUGGGAAUGGAAAAAAUCCAGGGGAAAAUGGGAAAAUGGGCUUGAAAUGGAGAAAUUCCCAGGGAAAAUGUCCCUAAAAAUUGAGGAAUUCCAUGGAAAAAUGUCUUUAAAAUGGAGAAAUUCCAGGGAAAAUGUUCCUAAAAUUGAGGAAUUCCAGGGAAAAUGUACCUAAAAUUGAGGAAUUUCCUGGAAAAUGUCCUUAAAAUAGAGAAAUUCCAAAGAAAAAUGUUCUUAAAAUGGAGAAAUUCCCAGGGAAAAUGGGCUGGGAAUGGAAAAAAUCCAGGGGAAAAUGGGAAAAAUGGGCUUAAAAUGGAGAAAUUCCCAGGGAAAAUGUCCCCAAAAUUGAGGAAUUCCCAGGGAAAAUGUCCUUAAAAUAGAGAAAUUCCAAAGAAAAAUGUUCUUAAAAUAGAGAAAUUCCCAGGGAAAAUGGGCUGGGAAUGGAAAAAAUCCAGGGGAAAAUGGGAAAAUGGGCUUAAAAUGGAGAAAUUCCCAGGGAAAAUGUCCCUAAAAUUGAGGAAUUCCAUGGAAAUUGUCCCUAAAAUUGAGGAAUUCCCUGGAAAAUGUCCUUAAAAUAGAGAAAUUCCCAGGAAAAAUGUUCUUGAAAUGGAGAAAUUCCAUGGAAAAAUGUUUUUAAAAUGGAGAAAUUCCGGGGGAAAAUGUUUUUAAAAUGGAGAAAUUCCAGGGAAAAAUGGGGAAAAUGUGCUGGAAAUGGAGGAAUUCCAGGGAAAAAUGUCUUUAAAAUGGAGAAACUCCCAGGAGAAACGGGGGAAAAUGGGCUUAAAAUGGAGAAAUUCCCAGGGAAAAUGGGCUGGGAAUGGAAAAAAUCCAGGGGAAAAUGGGAAAAUUUGGCUUAAAAUGGAGAAAUUGGGCUGGGAAUGGAGAAAAUCCAGGGGAAAAUGGGAAAAAUGGGCUUAAAAUGGAGAAAUUCCCAGGGAAAAUGGGCUGGGAAUGGAAAAAAUCCAGGGGAAAAUGGGAAAAUUUGGCUUAAAAUGGAGAAAUUCCCAGGGAAAAUGGGCUGGGAAUGGAAAAAAUCCCGGGGGAAAUGGGAAAAUGGGCUUAAAAUGGAGAAAUUCCCAGGGAAAAUGGGCUGGGAAUGGAAAAAAUCUAGGGGAAAAUGGGAAAAAUGGGCUUAAAAUGGAGAAAUUCCCAGGGAAAAUGGGCUGGGAAUGGAAAAAAUCCAGGGAGAAAUGGGAAAAUUUGGCUUAAAAUGGAGAAAUUCCCAGGGAAAAUGGGCUAGGAAUGGAAAAAAUCCAGGGAGAAAUGGGAAAAUGGGCUUAAAAUGGAGAAAUUCCCAGGGAAAAUGGGCUGGGAAUGGAAAAAAUCCAGGGAAAAAUGGGCUUAAAAUGGAGAAAUUCCCAGGGAAAAUGUCCCUAAAAUUGAGGAAUUCCAUGGAAAAAUGUCCUUAAAAUAGAGAAAUUCCAAAGAAAAAUGUUCUUAAAAUGGAGAAAUUCCCAGAGAAAAUGGGCUGGGAAUGGAAAAAAUCCAGGGGAAAAUGGGAAAAUGGGCUUAAAAUGGAGAAAUUCCCAGGGAAAAUGUCCCUAAAAUUGAGGAAAUCCAGGGAAAAUGUCUUUAAAAUGGAGAAAUUCCCGGGAAAAUGUCCCUAAAAUUGAGGAAUUUCACGGAAAAUGUCCCUAAAAUUGAUGAAUUUCCUGGAAAAUGUCCUUAAAAUAGAGAAAUUCCAAAGAAAAAUGUUCUUGAAAUGGAGAAAUUCCAUGGAAAAAUGUUUUUAAAAUGGAGAAAUUCCGGGGGAAAAUGUUUUUAAAAUGGAGAAAUUCCAGAAAAAAAUGGGGAAAAUGUGCUGGAAAUUGAGGAAUUCCAGGGAAAAAUGGGGAAAAUGUGCUUAAAAUGGAGAAAUUUCAGGGAAAAAUGUUCUUAAAAUGGAGAAAUUCCAUGGAAAAAUGUCUUUAAAAUGGAGAAAUUUCAGGGAAAAUGUCCUUAAAAUGGAGAAAUUUCAGGAAAAAAUGGGGAAAAUGUGCUGGAAAUGGAGAAAUUCCCGGGAAAAAUGGGAAAAUGUCUUUAAAAUGGAGAAAUUCCAAAGGGAAAAUGGGGAAAAUUUCCUGGAAAUGGAGAAAUUCCAUGGAAAAUGUCCUUAAAAUGGAGAAAUUCCAUGGAAAAAUGUGCUUAAAAUGCAGAAAUUCCAUGGAAAAAUGUCUUUAAAAUGGAGGAAUUCCAGGGAAAAUGUCCUUAAAAUGGAGAAAUUCCAUGGAAAAAUGUCUUUAAAAUGGAGAAAUUCCAUGGAAAAUGUCUUUAAAAUUGAGGAAUUCCAGGGAAAAUGUCCUUAAAAUGGAGAAAUUCCCCGAAAAAUGGGCUGGGAAUUGUUCAAUUCCCAGGAAAAUUGGGAAAAAUGUCCUUGAAAUGGAGAAAUUCCAUGGAAAAUUGGGAAAAAUGUUCUUAAAAUGGAGAAAUUCCAGGAGAAAAUGGGCUUAAAAUGGAGAAAUUCCAGGAAAAAAUGGGCUGGGAAUGGAGGAAUUCCCAGGAAAAACGGUUCUGGAAGGGAAAAUUCCCUUGGAAUUAAUUAAUUAUUCAUGGCAUUGAUUAAUUAUUCAUGGCACUGAUUAAUUAUUCAUGGAGUUAAUUAAGGAUUUGUGGAAUGAAUUCAGGAUUUACGGAGUUCCCAGGAGGAAAAAUGUCCCAGAAAUGGAGAAUUUUCCACGGGAAAAUCUCCCAGGAAUUGGGAAUUGCAACGGGAAUUUUGGAGUGGAAUUUUGGGGAAUUUUGGAGUGGAAUUUUGGGGAAUUUUGGAGUGGAAUUUUUGGGAUUUUUGGGGGGUUUUUGACUGAAUUUUUUGGGAUUUUUUUGGGGUUUUUUUGGGAGGAUUUUUGGGCUUUUUUGGGGAUUUUUGACUGAAUUUUUUGGGAUUUUUGACUGAAUUUUUUGGGAUUUUUGGACUUUUUUUGGGAGGAUUUUUGGGCUUUUUGGAGGAUUUUUGACUGAAUUCUUUUGGGGAUUUUUGACUGAAUAUUUUGGGAUUUUUGGGCUUUUUUGGGAGGAUUUUUGGGCUUUUUUGGGAUUUUUGGGCUUUUUUUGGGAGGAUUUUUGGAUUUUUUGGGGGAUUUUUGACUGAAUAUUUUUGGAUUUUUUGACUGAAUUUUUUGGGGAUUUUUGACUGAAUAUUUUGGGAUUUUUGGGCUUUUUUGGGAGGAUUUUUGGGGUUUUUUUGAGAUUAUUGACUGAAUAUUUUGGGAUUUUUUGAACUUUUUUGGGAGGAUUUUUGGGCUUUUUUGGGAUUUUGGACUGAAUUUUUUUGGGAUUUUGGACUGAAUUUUUUGGGAAUUUUUGACUGAAUAUUUUUGGAUUUUUGGGCUUUUUUGGGAGGAUUUUUGGGGUUUUUUUGAGAUUUUUGACUGAAUAUUUUGGGAUUUUUUUAGACAUUUUUUGGGCAGAUUUUUGGACUUUUUUUGGAGGAUUUUUUUCUGAAUUUUUGGGAUUUUUGGACUGGAUUUUUUGAAGAUUUUUGGACUUUUUGGAGGAUUUUUGACUGAAUUUUUGGGGGAUUUUUGACUGAUUUUUUUGCGAUUUUUGACUGAAUUUUUUGGGAUUUUUGACUGAAUAUUUUGGGGAUUUUUUUGGACUUUUUUUGGGAUUUUUGACUGAAUUUUUUGGGAUUUUUGACUGAAUUUUUUGGGAUUUUUGACUGGAUUUUUUUGGGAUUUUUUUGGACUUUUUUGGGGAUUUUUGACUGAAUUUUUUGGGAUUUUUGACUGAAUUUUUUGGGAUUUUUGACUGAAUUUUUUGACGAUUUUUGAACUUUUUUUGGGGAUUUUUGACUGAAUAUUUUGGGAUUUUUGGACUUUUUUUGGGGAGGAUUUUUGGACUUUUUUUGGGGAUUUUUGACUGAUUUUUUUUUUUACUUUUGGACUUUUUUGGAGAAUUUUUGACUGAAUAUUCCAGAUUUUUUGGACUCUUUUUUGGGAGGAUUUUUGACUGAAUUUUUUGAGAUUUUUGGACCAAUAUUUUUGAUUCGUGGACCAAUUAUUUGGGAUUUUUGACUUUUUAUUUUUUAAUUUUUUACUUUUUUUGUGGGGGAAUUUUUGGACUCUUUUUUGGGAUUUUUGACUGAAUUUUUUUUUAUUUUUGACUGGAUUUUUUUGGUUUUUUUGCACUUUCUGGGAUUCUAUUUUGGGGAUAUUUGGACUAUUUUUAAAAAUUUUUUGACUCUUUUUGGGGGGGGAUUUUUGGACUUUUUUGAGGAGAUUUUUUGACAUUUUGGACUUUUUUAUUUUAAUUUUUAGACUUUUUUUUGGUGAUUUUCACCUGAAUUUUUAAGGACUGGGGGGCGCUUUCACCAAGCUGAAAAUUCCCAGAAAAUCCUCAAAAUUCCAGGGAAAAAAACCCCCAAAAAAUCACAAAAAUAAAAAAAAAUCUAAAUUCAGGAGCAGGGCUGGGAAUCCCAGCAGGAACUGGGAUGAACUGGGAUGGACUGGGAGAGGAAAAAUGGCAUCAAAAUGGGCCAAAAAUUUAGGAUUUUGGUGUUUUAGGAGCUUUUAUUUGGAUUUUUUUUGGAAUAAACGAUGCUGUGGCUGAGCUGGAA